CGAGCUCGCCGGUUGCUGUGAGUUCCUGCAGUUAGAUUGUAAACAUAACAGCACCUACAGGUGAAAAAUUAAGAUAAUUAAAAAAGCUAAAGCUUUUCUGUGCCUUUCGCUGGCUCCUUCCUCUCCAAACUGUACAUCUAACAGGUUAAAGGAAGUCGGACGUAAACGCGUUUUUUUGACACGUGUUGUUAUGGCAACGAAUCUGCCUCCGGUGUGUUGAAGCAAACAACAGACAGCUGCCGGUGGUUGAAACUGAUUAACCUGUCUCGAUUUUUCACUGAACCGAACAUCAUACAGCCAUCGUUGCAUUCAUGGCCCAUUACAGAGCCUCCGAAUCGAAGCGAGAACAAUUUAGAAGAUAUCUGGAAAAAUCUGGGGUCCUGGACACUUUAACGAGCGUUUUAGUGGCACUUUACGAGGAGACUGACAAACCUAACAAUGCGUUGGAUUUCAUAAAGCUUCACCUCGGUGCAGCUGGUCCAGAGCCAGCAGAUGCUGAGGCUCUUCGCAUGGAGCUGGCUGAUCUUCAGCAGAAGUGCAACCUGCUCAUGGAGGAGAACAAAGAGCUGAGAAACAGGCUGAUGCAGUAUGAACCGUCGCCUGAGGAAGGAGCAGCACAGUAGAGAGGAGGAGUUUUGUCACAAAAAUAAAGAAAAAUGUUAAACAAUAGCAUUUUUGUAGAGUAUGUAAAUGUUUAUUACAUAGUAAUGGAUGUACAGUGAAAGCAAAAUCACUGUUAAAUUUUGUUACACAACAAGAAGCAGCUUUCUCAAAAUAAAAAUGUUUU